AAGAUUCAAAUUGAAGAUGGCGGCUGAAGACAGUAUUCAAAAUACUCAGAAGAUGAAGAGAUGCGGUGUAUUUACAAGCAUGGAAACAUCAAACAUGUGCCAGCCCGUCAUCUUCGACCCGGACUUCUUUGUCGAGAGGCUGAAACAUGAACAUCCGCAGAUCUUUACAGAUCUGGUCUUGUCACAUGUCACACGACUCAUCGACCUCCCUGGAGAUGAGUUUGCACAGCUCACUGGUGACUCUGAGCCCAGGGUGCCUUCCUCUACUGGCUUCCUCCGCUCGUUAAACUUCCUGAAACGAAAAGAGAAAGAUGCAAUUUUCGGGGCGCCCUUGACUGAAGAAGGGAUAGCGCAGAUCUAUCAACUGAUUGAGUACCUGAGCAAAAAUCUUCACAUGAAGGGGCUGUUCCGCGUGCCGGGCCACAGCCUCCGACAGGCCGCACUGAGGGAGAUGCUGAAUGCCGGGGCAGAAAUAGAUCUCGAGACGGGAGACUUCCACCCCAAUGAUGCCGCCUCGCUGCUCAAAGCCUACCUGGGAGAGUUGCCUGAGCCCCUGCUAAUGCACAGACAUUACCAUGUCCACCUUAAAAUCGGAGAGCUAACUCUUUUUGAUGAGAAAGGAGAUAAAAGUAAGACUCCAGACAAGGAGCGGCAGGUGGAAGCCUAUCAGUUGCUUUUCAUGCUGCUGCCACAAGUCAACCGCAGUCUGUUGAAGCUCCUGUUGGACCUCCUCUAUCACACCGCACGCAACCAGCACGUCAACAAGAUGUCUGCUAUCAAUCUAGCAACCAUGUUUGCACCACAAAUUAUCUGGCCCAAAAAUGUGAUGGCAAGUGAACUUCAGGAAAACAUCGAGAAGCUAAACAAUCGCAUCGCAUUUCUCAUCAGGCACUCUCAAAAGCUUUUCAAGGCCCCUCCAUAUAUCAAAGAAUACGCGCAUAUGUACUUCACCAGAUUUAAACCUCUUCAAUCAAAGGAUGACCUGACGCUUGUCUCAGGGACCAAAGAGCCGCCGGCUGUGCCCCAGUCUACGUUUAUUGUUUCUCCUUCCCCGAGAAAGAUCAGUGGCACCAGCUCGACAAAGUCCACAGAUACUGGGACAUACACUGAAUCAGCUUUGCAGGAACUUUACCAGCAAGUCAACAACAUGCCCAACUCUGCCAAGAAGAAGAAACUCAUCAGGCAGUUUGAAAAGCAGCCAUUGGUGACCACGCCCUCAGCGGAUCCCCGCUCGCCAUUCAGCAGGAAGCACUGGCGAUCUCGCUCUUUGGGUGGAAUAAUUAAGAAGAAAGUAUUGGGAAGCCAAGUAUCAAUAGGCAGGGAAAAUGGCAAAGUGCAGAGGCCAACAGCCACCUGCUCUGAUGACACCGACAGUGGAGGGGUUGUACUACAAGUGAGGAAACUUCCAAUCUAGCUGUUUGGUACCUUUUUUGAUUUGAAGGUUUAUUAUGUGUCAAAGAGGAGGCUGUCAGAUUUUAUUUGUGUGUAUUUGUCAGAGACUGGGUUUGUUGAUCUCAGCAGUGAGGGUGCUAUGCUCUAUUUGAGUCUGUCCUUUUGCAAAUGGUUAAAAAAAAUAAGUGAAUGAAUGGCCACUGAUGUUUUAUUAUUAUUAUUGUUUGUUUUUGUUACAAAAUUUAUUUUUUAUUCAUUGACAGGGACCAUUUCACAGAAAUGUUGAGUUUAGAAGCUCAUAGUUGUGCCUUAAAAUCAAAUUUUUUACUUUGCAAUUUCUAUUUAACACAAUUUUUUUUGUGCAAUUCACUUUUUUUACGGCUCCCAAACUUGAUAAAACUUAACUUAAGUAGAGUGUUUUUCAGCAAUGCAAACUUGAGAUGAGGUCCAAAGGUCAGUUUCUAUACAUUUAUGUCUGUCUGGGAAUUUGGGAAUUUUUUUGCUGUGGUAUGUUUUUUUUUUUUACAUUUUCUGGAGUUUACUGCUGUCCCUCAAAUGUGUUUGUGCUCUUUUGAGUAAAUUUAGUCAGUUCUGCUUUCUUUGUAGCUGUGCAUAGUUAUCAUUCGCAUGCAUACUGAAUAAGCUGUGAAAAACGUUUGACCCGUUUUUGUAUUUCUGGCUGAGGGCAAAUGAAGCAGUUUGCCGAAGUUGUUAGUGAGGUUCUUUCUGUGAGGGUCUUGAGCCACUGUUACUUGUUUUAAGUUCUUCUCUCAGUUGUGAUUUCAUCCAGUUCCAUGGCCACUCUGCCAAGCUGUUACGAUACAAACAUGAUGUGGCAAAGUCAACUAAAUGGACUGUGUUGACUGGUGGUGUUAAUGCUACUGUGAAAUCAAUCCAACAAAGAACUUAUUAAAAGACUUAAAACGUA